GGAAAUCAAAGAGCCAGGUGUGGAUUCCUAGGUCGGGCUAAAAGACUGGCGUGACGGCACUUAGUUAUAUCUUUGCAUUUCGGUUAAGCAGGUUAUCUAACGAAUUGUUCCCUUCCUGGUCUUCGCCCUCUCUUGUUAUCUAUUCCAAGGUAGCCGGAUUUUAAUGGCAACUGACUCUUUGCUAGGAAAAAGGUAGUUCAAGUCAACUAUCUCGAUCAAUCAAUUUCGCAUCAUGCGGGUUUAGCGAGCGCUUUGGCUCAUAGGCCAUUUCGGCUUUCUUGUUCAUGGAUCUCACCAUAAGCAUGAUCACCAUAAUACUAUCCACAAGAAGCUUCACGAGGAGCACAAACGAGAAGUCUCUUCUUCGAUUGCUGGCGUUGAUCAAGCAGCAGCAACCGGUUCUAUUUCCACCUCCCAUAACGAUUCAGAUGCAGCUGCAGCUGUUGCCAGGGCUUUGAAAGUCUUGGGCGUGAGAAAUAAACAACGCAUGGAACACAUUCAAUACAACAAGUAUGAACUUGCUACUCCAGAAAAAGCCCAAUAUGCAGCCCCCGUCGCCCCGCUUGACUAUAGCCAGGGUGCAGUUGAUCAAGCAGAAAGCACAGAGCCAUUGCUCACUCGACGUGAUACAAAUUCUACUAUUGGAUAUAGAUACUCAGUUCCUUUUGAGCUCAAGGAAGCUGCAAGAGCUGUUGCCGAGUCAAACCCUCCUUCGCCAUCUACUGGAAACCACAGUGCUGUUGCGGCUCAGAUGCGGGCUAAAUACGGAGACAAAACUAAGGAUACCCUUACUCCCGCACAAAUGUUGCGAGCUUAUGAUAGGCUGUCAGGAAGUGUUUUUGACACAAAUGGCACCAUCUCUACCAGCCAUCAGGGUACCUUGGAGACCCGAGAAUCAUCAACUUGGUGGAUGGCGACCAUGACACAGCGUGGAAGCAGUCCUUUUGCUCCAUCUGGAUACAAAGUUUGGAGGAACGUAAAAGAAUAUGGUGCCAAAGGUGAUGGAGUCACUAAUGACACCGUUGCCAUCAACCGUGCUAUUUCUGAUAGUGGCCGAUGCGGCGCCAACUGUGGCUCUAGCACAAUCUACCCUACAGUUGUUUAUUUCCCCCGGGGAACUAUCUAGUUAGCAGCUCAAUCAUCCAGUACUAUAAUACGCAACUCAUCGGCGAUCCUCUCGAACUUCCCACAAUUCUCGCUGCAAGCAGCUUUGUUGGUUUGGGUGUCAUUACUUCCGAUGUUUAUAUUGGAGAUCAGGAAGAAUGGUACAUCAACACAAACAAUUUCCUUCGCAGUGUACGCAAUUUCAAGAUUGAUAUCACGCGGACAGACCAAGGCGCAUAUGUUUGUGCAGUUCACUGGCAGGUCGCUCAAGGGACUUCCCUUGAAAACCUUGAAAUCUAUAUGACACAAGAUGUCUCUACCACCCAGCAAGGAAUUUACAUAGAGAAUGGAAGCGGUGGUUUCAUGAGUGAUCUGACAUUUGUGGGAGGCAAUUUUGGUGCAUACCUUGGAAACCAGCAAUUUACAACCAGUCAUCUGGUAUUUGUGAACUGUAAUACAGCACUCCAAAUUCACUGGGACUAGGCCUGGACUAUGCAAGAUGUAGUCAUUGAGAGCUGCCGUACCGGUGUGGUCAUUGUCGGUGGAGCUAGAGGACCAUUCAGCACUGGCCAAGGUGUAGGAUCUUUUGUCUUGGUCGAUGCCAUUAUCGCCAACACUCCCACGGGAAUUACCACUACUCUCUACGGGGAAAACUCCACCGCACUGCUUCUACAGAAUGUGGGUUUCUAUAAUACCCAAAAUGCCAUUUAUGAUCAAGGUGCUGGCAAAGCUUUGAUUCCCGGCGGAGAUCAAACAAUCCUCGAUUCAUGGGGAUUUGGAAUGGUCAGCGAUCCCAGCGGUUCACGUUUCGUUUCCGGUAACAAUCUAUUGGCCAUGAAUCGCACCAGUUCACUUGUGGGCACUAACAAAUACAAUGUCCGACCUAACUUCUUUACACGUCGCAGACCUAAGUACAUUGACCUUGGAAAUACCCAGGUUCUAGAUGUCAAGGCACUCGGUGCAAAGGGUGACGGUGUCACUGAUGAUACGACAGUCCUGAAUAGCAUCCUCUCACGGGGCUCAAAUAUGUCUUCGAUUAUCUACUUUCCUCAUAGUGUCUAUUUGAUCAAAGACACACUGAAAAUCCCGAAGAACUCUCGAAUUCUCGGUCAGGCUUGGUCCCAGAUUAUGGCUACUGGUCCUAAGUUUCAGGACUUGGAAAACCCCUAUGUGGCUGUGAGGGUUAGACAGCAAGGGGACAUUGGUAUCGUCGAAAUACAAGAUAUCCUCUUCACUGUUUCCGGUCCUACUGCCGGAGCCGUGCUUAUGGAGUGGAAUGUGCACGAAUCAACCCAAGGGUCAGCUAGCUUAUGGGAUUCGCAUUUUCGUAUUAGUGGCGCUAUUGGCUCCGGCCUGCAAGCUGCCGAUUGCCCGAAGGAAUCCGGCACCGUCAACAAAAGGUGCAUAGCAGCUGCGCUUAUUCUUCGACUGACACAAAGCUCCUCUGCAUAUUUGGAGAACGUCUGGGUAUGGACAGCCGAUCACGAUCUCGACAGAACCUCUCAAGACCAGCUUGAUAUCUACGCUGCUCGUGGAAUACUUAUAGAAAGUCAGGGCCCAACAUGGCUGUACGGUACAUCCUCUGAGCAUCACGCUCUUUACCAGUACCAGUUCUACAAUGCCAAAAACGUGGUUAUGGGUAUGAUUCAGACCGAAUCUCCGUACUAUCAACCUGUACCUCGGGCACCACAGCCGUUCAAAGUUAGACAAUUUCCUGCCGAUCCCGACUUCACCAAUUGUACUUCUACGUCUCUUACCUGUUCAGUUUCUUGGGCUGUCAGGAUUAUUGACUCUUCUUCUAUAUAUCUUCUUGGCGCUGGGCUCUAUAGCUGGUUCUCGGACUACUCGCAAAAUUGUGUUGAUAAUGAUCAUUGUCAAGAUAGGGCCUUUGAGAUUGAAGAGAGUUACGAUGUUUGGAUCUACAACCUGGUCUCAAAAGCCAUUCGCGAAAUGGUUAGCCCUCGUGGUGAGAUGCCAACAUAUGCGACCGACAACAAAAACGGCUUCUUGUCCUCUCUACUCGCUUGGAUCAGAGGCCCAAAAGAAAUAAUUGGCAGCCGGGACCACGCAGGCUUCCACGUCUGGGAUUCUGACACGGACUCAGAAGCUCUCGCAGGCUUGCCCUCUGCGUGCAAGACAUCGCUGACACAGCUGGUCCGGUGUGACAUCUGGGCAUCUACGUUCUUAGGCGAAUCAUAUCGUGGCUCGCUCCAUAACGACACACUAACAGACUCUGUCUGUGAUGAGAGCUGCGGGGAGUCUUUGAAAUCUUGGUUUGAUAGUGUUGCCACUGAUUGCGCCGGAUAUAACGUCUCCAGCUCUGCCCCAACCAAGUACGGUGGGCAGAUCUGGUCUGGGUGGAACGAAACAUGUCUCAAGGAUCCCACAACCGAUAAAUACUGCAAUGAUAUUAUCGAGGGCUUCAGUGAAGUCGACUUCACGAAAGACAGACCGAAGAGUGAACUUUGCAGCUUCUGCUAUGUGGAAAGACUGGAAAUGAUGCAACGCUCGUCAUACUCGGUGUAUGAUGAAUACUUUCAAGCAGACUUGGUGGUAGUUCACGCCAGGUGUGACAUCUCCGGUCCCACGGAGAUGCCACCAUCUCUAGACGCACCUCCAGAAUUCCACCCUAAGCCUGCCUGCCUAUCCGGGAAGAGAUACACAACCGUCGAUGGCGACACAUGUGACUCUGUUGCGUUGCACCUCAAUGUCUCAUCUGCAUCGUUUGUAAUGGCCAACAACCGCCAUACCAUAGUUUGCGAUAGAUUACCUUCGGAUAUGGAUCUGUGUGUUCCAACGACAUGUGCGAGCACAUAUGUCUUGAAAGAUACUGAUACUUGUCGUUCGAUCGAGGAAGCCAAUAGCAAUAACGUAGGGGACGUACGAAGGUACAAUCCCUGGGUCGAAUUCGACUGUUCGAAUCUCCAGAGCACGACUCCUUCAUUUGGUCACGUAAUUUGCCUUCGUGAUUCUGACGAAAGUUAUACAGCGACUGCUCCGAUUCCUGGUGUUACAAUUAGCCCGGGAAGAAGUUCGGGAUACUCAAGGACUGUUGUUGACCCUCCCUCCAACGCUACCGUGGCUAAUGGUACAACCUUAAAAUGCGGCAAAUGGCAUGUCGCCAAAGAGGGCGAGAGCUGCCCUAUGAUCUGUCUGGGCGAGUCGAUUACCUCCACCUUGUUCCUUGCGGUGAAUCCUUCGCUUUCCAGUUCUAAUUGCUCCCUCGCCCUAGUGACUGGGAAUGCAUAUUGUGCUGGACCCACGACCAACUGGGCAUCUUUGUCUGAGGAAUGAGGUUUUUCUGUUGGUGCACGGCUCUUGAAUAUUGGCUUUGAUAUACAUAUGCUGUAAUAUUUGCGAAAUUUAAUCCAACAUUGACAUUGAGAAUGAACAUGAACAGGUUCAGUUUAGAGGUUGAGAUGAGAUGACCUAACCACAAUCACUUUUCGUCACCAAUGUCAGG